AUUAAGUAAAUUAGUAAGUAACAAACUAGCAGUUAUAUCCCACGGUCAGUGAGUCUAAAAUCAGACACAGUGCUUAAGAUAUUAUGAAAUGUGGAUACAAUGGGUGGCGCUGCCAUCACUUAAAACGUCGCUAACCUGAGAUAGUGAAAGAGAAGGGGUGCGGGUCAUAUGACUGAACAGCUGAGAGAAGUAGCUGCGAGUGAGGCGCCUAGGCUAUCGCCCCCUGCGCAUCUGGGCACUCGGUAUGGGGGGGCACUGGCGGCAGGGGCUGCGCUCUGUUCUGCUCCUCAGCAUCGCUUGUGUCUCACUGCACAGCUCUAAUGGCUUUCUGCAGAAGUGGCCUGUGCCCUACAAGAGGUUUGAAUUUCGUCCAAAGACUGAUCCAUACUGCCAGGCCAAGUACACAUUUUGUCCCAUGGGCAAUGGAGAUGGUUCCAUCCCUGUAAUGAAGAAUGAGGACAUCAUCCAGGUUUAUCGACUUCAAGCUCCUGUUUGGGAAUUUAAAUAUGGAGACCUUCUUGGACAUUUUAAAAUUAUGCAUGAUGCCAUUGGAUUCAGGAGCUCUUUAACUGGUAAAAACUACACUGCAGAGUGGUAUGAGCUUUUUCAGCUUGGAAACUGCACUUUCCCUCACCUUAGGCCAAACAUGGAAGAACCAUUUUGGUGCAAUCAAGGAGCAGCCUGUUUCUAUGAAGGAAUUGAUGAUGACCAUUGGAAAAGCAAUGGGACUUUGGUUCCAGUAGCUUCAAUGUCAGGUGUCAUGUUUAAUAGCAUGGCAAAAUGGAUAAAAGAAGAUAAUGACACCGGGAUAUAUUAUCAGACUUGGAACGUAAGAGCAUCCCCAGAGUUCAACUCAUCGGUGUGGUUUGAUUCUUAUGACUGUGCCAGCUUUGUGCUUAGAACAUACCAGAAGCUGUUUGAGCUCGGAGCCACAUUUAAUAGGAAAGUACAAACAAAUUAUACGCGUUUACUCUUGUACAGUGGAGAGCCAGCCUUUCUAGGAAAUGGUACAGAGAUUUUUGGUCAGCAUGGGAAUAAAUCUUUGGCAUUAGACAUUCGGAAAUUUUACUUCCUUCUUAGACCUCAUCAGUCUUGGAAAGAGCUUCUCUUGAGCAUUUUGGAUAUAUACUAUAAGGUUGCCGUGGAUAAAAAUUUUUACUUUUUUUAUAAUUUUGAAUAUUGGUAUUUACCUCUGAAGUUUCCAUAUAUCAAGGUAGUAUAUGAUGAAAUCCCUCUGCCAUCAUAAAUGCAUUUUUCAUGUCUGAAUUAUAAUGAACUAAACUUCUGUAAAAGUGCCUAAGAAUUACCUGCUCGUUUGUAAACUGCACUUUUUAACUCAAGCAUUCAGUAAAAAAGUUUUUCUAUUCAAUAAAUUUAAAUGCCUAAAAGUGCAACAAAUCUGCCUGCUCCCCCACUCACUGAUGCACCGGAGUUGCAGAGGGACUGACACUAUGGGUAAACGUGUACCAUGGUGCCCUGGACACAUGCCUCUUCUGCCUUACCCCUAGUUCCUGCCCUGAUGCCGAAUAUGCCAGCCUACACAGAUAUGUUGCACAUCAUUCCAUUAAUGUUGAUACUUUUCAAAAUUAUUCAACAUCCUUUCUGUAUUCAUCCUUCAUUUUUUCCACUCCGUAAUUAUAUGUGUUGCUUAUAUGGCCAGUCGAAAUGUUGAAUGAAUAUGUGAAAACAACUGCGGGUGUCGCAAAGGAAUUGUAAAAAUAAUAUGUGUUGUAUAGCUUUAUUUUUCAGUAACAUGUUUCAUAGAUUGUUCUGCAUUAUCUAGAAGAUGGGCAUAUUAUAAUGCACCAAACUGUAAAUGUAUAUACUUAUAUCACACAAGAGCCACAAAUAUCUUGUAAAUGAUGUCUUUAUAAUUGGUGCUUAGUGAUGUCAUUAAUAUCACAUGGCUCACGGAAACUUGUGUGUCAUAAUAAGUAACCCUGUUGACAAAUAUUAGUAGAAGUCAUACCACAGCUUUUUGACAUGUAUAAAAGCCCUUAGCCUUUGGCCUCAUUGUUUAUAUAGUUAUGGAACUCCCCGGUGACUUAUAAUAUCCUUAUAUUUUACAAUAGGAGGUACUUUAUUCAUUAUAUAAUCUACAAGAUGCCCAUUUUCCAAUGACUCAUCUUGUAAAUUAUAGCCUUAUAAAGGACAAGUUCUGACAUCAGGUCCCCUUUAAGUUAUAAACGGUGUGUACUGUCUCCCUGUGAAAUAUUUCCAAAUCCUAUUCUGUUAGUUGACCCAGCAAGCAGGCAGAUGCCAUUUUGUGCUAUCAUGUAUGCCAGGUGCCAUUUUGUAUAUCUGUAGCUUGAAUAUAAAUAUUGUGAAGUUUUUUGUAACUUUAAAUCUUGUAGCUUAUAAAUGGUAAUUUACCCUCCUCCUUAAAGGAGAACUAGCCCCCACCACAGACAAAAGCCUCUAUGCUCCCUCCACACAGAUUCUAUUACUUGGAAAUGUUUCCCAAACGUCUUCUGUAUUUUGGAUGUUCUAGUGCUAGUCCAGGAUUUGCUCCAACUGCACAUGUGCCACAAAUUUCUAUCCAUCGGCAAGGUGAAAGAAGAGGAUCCGCUGAUACAGAAGAUGGUGCCUGUGAACUCUGCUGCGCUACUCCGCAUCCACGUGUCAUGUUUACAAACACAGACGUUUUUGCAUGUAAAAGCCUCUGCAGAGAGCGAGUAUGGAGAGGGGCCAGUGGAGGGCAGUGAAUAUUUGUGUCCCAAAACUAUGCGGGAGCUUUUUAUUUUUUGGUCGGGGAAAGGAAGAAACCACACAAGAGUUUGGGAACUCCCAUGUGAUACGAAAGCUUGAGCCCAAAGACUCAAUGUGCCCUUGAGAUUUGCUUGUUUGCCAAGGUUGCCAAACAAGCUAAUCUUUCUCCUGAUACCCCCCUUGGGUAGGCGAUAUCGCACCAAACAAUCGCAUUACAAUGUAGGAGAUACAGAAGUUGGAACAAGGGCCACAUCAAUUAGCUGAUGUUGUCCCUGAUCCAACUAAAAAAUCAAACCUGCUCGUUCAACACUUGGCCAGUUUUCAGGUGGGGUCAUCGGGGGUCCCCAUACAGGGGCAGAUAAGGUGCCAAAUCGGUCUAAAAUACUCAAAUCAGCAGCUGAAAAAUUCUCAUGUAUAGCUACCUUAAUAUUCACAAUUGCUUUGACAAUCAGCCCUGGAUCUGUGGCAAGGCCACAAAGGCCCUGGGCCUAGGGUGGCACAAAUUAAGGGGCAGGAUGCCGGCUUGUUGUACCGGAAGCUUGCUUUCAUCUGGAGCACUAGGGACUAGACACAUGGGUGAUUUUGCCUGUUAUUUAAAUCUUCACGUGCCCUGCUCCCUGUGCCCGGAAUGUAGGAACAAAGCAUGUGCAUGCACACAAUCCUGUGAGAGAAGGGGGCAGGUCAACGAAGGACGUCAGCCUCCAGUAGAAAUCUGGCCCUGUAGACACAAGGCGGGUAUAGGGGUAUAUAAAACAUUUUCUUUUGAUGGCCUAUAUACUUAUUUUAGGAGCUGUAUUUGAAACUAAUUCCAACAGCAUCCUGAGAAACCAGAUUUACUGGAUACAGAGCUGAUGGCGUUGGCAAACAAUCAUGCAUAGGAUUCCAUAUGCUGCAAAUCAUCUCCCCACACCUAUUGUGUAAUUUGU